GAUUUCCUACAUAAGAAAAGCUAUGACUGACAUCCAAAAUAUGUUUACUCUAAAAGAGAAUAACGAAGGAGCUUCCAACUCAAUCUUCGGUGACACUCAAUCUGUCAAUGAAGACUUCAGUGAUACCAACCCAGACUCUCUUGAUAAGAAAAUGACUGGAGAGAAUGGGUUCCUCCAAAGACAGGUGAAAGACCAAUCUGAUAUAUCAGACAUAGAAAUAGAUAUAAUUCACAAAAAGCCAAGAGUAAGAGACGAAUCUCAGAAAUCAAUCAGGAGUAGCAACUCAAAAGCCAUAAAGCGCCUGAAAGUAAUCGAAAGAACUUCAAACUCAACAGAAGUCCUUGAAGAAAGCUCUAACAGCAAGCAAAUGCUUGCCUCAGAGACAUACCGAAAGAUAAAGGAAGUGGAGUACAGGAAAGAAACCAUCUACGAUAAAAACGGGAUGGAAAUCACCUAUGAUUCAAAUCCUUCUGAGUACAAGAAAGCAAGAAAAAGAAUGCAGAACAGAGAAAGUGCCAUGCGCUCGAGGUAUAAGAAGAAGCAUUAUUUUACCGAAUUAGAGGUUAAAGUAGAGGAGUUAGAAGAAGAAAACAAGAAAUUGCAAACAGAAAAUGCAACUCUCAAAGUUGAGAAGAGACUCCUUGCUGAACAACUUGAUUAUUUCAAAGCUCUGAUUGGUAAUAUGAACGGUGGCCUUUCUGCGAAGUCAACACAAGAAAGAUCUAGAGAGGUUUCCUCUGGAGAUUUAUCUUUUGAUGAAGAAGGGGAUGCAUUUAAUUAUCCAUUUGCACAGAUUCAAGAUGGAGAGCUUCCUCAUCUAGGAAAUUUUAAAAGGCCAGCCACACAGAACAAAAAUAAACAAGAUGAACUUGAUGAAAGGCUUAUUUUAACAAGAAGAGAAGAUAGCUCUUCUGCAAACACAGCCGGCCUCUUCUUCAUUGCUGUUAUUAUGUGUGUAAUGUGACUCACAUCUCUUACUCUCACCAGAGGAAACGAUUCAGACCAAAACAAGAGGGAGUUUACAAUGGAUAACCCCGGAAGACAUACUAUGAACUUACAAAAGAAACAUGAAGAAGCUGCCUCCCUCCUCAAAAUAACAAUGUGGUUGAUCUUGUUCUUUUGUAUGGGAAUAGCUUACUUUACCAGAAUCCCCUUAAGAGAGAUGAAGAAAAUAGGCCACUCUGCUCUCGUGAAAUUUCACAUCCUAAAGGAUCCUUCAAAGAAAACAAAGUAUAGUUAA